UUGAGUUUCGACAUCGCCAGCAUUCGCGCGUUUGCCUUAAAGUAGUUGAAAAAUAUCCAAAGAAUAGAAGAAACACUUUGUUGGAAAUUUAUUCUAGAGUUUUGAUAAAUUUAAAAAAAAAUAUCCACCAUGUCCGAGGCAGCAGCAGCAAAUGGCAGCCCCUCUCCGGCUCCCACUCCCGAGGUUCCGGAGGCCGAGUUGGCCCAAUUGGCUCUGGAGGAUGAGCCCAAGGUUAGCUUUUCGGAUCAGUUUAAGGCCUUCUCCAAGUUCGGGGACUGCAAGUCCGAUGGCAAGCUGAUCACGCUCUCGCAGAGCGACAAGUGGAUGAAGCAGGCCAAGGUCAUCGACAAGAAGAUCACCACCACGGACACAGGCAUCCACUUCAAGAAGUUCAAGGCCAUGAAGAUCUCACUCAUCGACUACAACAAAUUCCUGGAGGAUUUGGCCAAGACGAAAAAGGUGGAGCUGUCGGAGAUCAAGCAGAAGUUGGCCGGCUGUGGAGCUCCAGGAGUUGUUUCCGUUUCGGCUGGAAAGGCCGCAGCUGCCGUGGAUCGAUUGACGGAUACUAGCAAGUACACCGGUUCCCAUAAGGAACGCUUCGAUGCCACCGGAAAGGGGAAGGGAAUCGCCGGCAGACGGAACGUGGUCGAUGGAUCCGGCUAUGUGAGUGGUUACCAGCACAAGGACACCUACGACAACGCCCACUAAAUGGGGAACCCCCAAAUUUAAAACCGCCCACACACUCACUAAAAAUCUGUCUUUCUAACUUUUGUGUUUUCUUAGUUAAUGUCUCCCAUUUCGUUUGGUAGCUGCAAUAAUUUAUCUUUGUGUACAUAAUCUAAGUUUGUGAUAAUUUAAGUGCUUACAAAUAAAUUAAUAUAUUUUGAUUA